AUGUUGGCAGGCCCCAAACAGUUGGUGUCCUAUACAGACCACCUGGUGGAUCUGACAAAGAUGCCCUACACGAAGUUGAGAGCCUUCUUAAUCAGUGCCAAGUUGGAGCAGUGCCAAGUUGGAACAGUGCCAAGUUGGAACAGUGCCAGGUUGGAGCAGUGCCAAGUUGGAACAGUGCCAAGUUGGAACAGUGCCAAGUUGGAACAAUACCAAGUUGGAACAGUGCCAAGUUGGAACAGUACCAAGUUGGAACAGUGCCAAGUUGGAACAGUGCCAAGUUGGAACAGUGCCAAGUUGGAACAGUGCCAGGUUGGAACAGUACCAAGUUGGAACAGUGCCAGGUUGGAACAGUACCAAGUUGGAACAGUGCCAAGUUGGAACAGUGCCAGGUUGGAACAGUACCAAGUUGGAACAGUGCCAAGUUGGAACAGUGCCAAGUUGGAACAGUGCCAAGUUGGAACAGUGCCAGGUUGGAACAGUGCCAGGUUGGAACAGUACCAAGUUGGAACAGUGCCAAGUUGGAACAGUGCCAAGUUAAAACACGGUAUAAUGUAUAAUAAUGGACUGAUCUGUAGUCUGGGAGACAAUUUUGCAAUCAACACGUGA